GUAGGGAAGAUGCUCCCCAGAGCCAAUAACUCUUAAAGCCUUAACCUAAAAACUGUUUUACUCUGACGAUUUUUCCUUGCCCUGCAGUCAAGGUCACGUGGUCCCUUUUGCUGCUCCAGGGCUUGAUUCUGGCCAUGGCCAACACUGUUAACCACUCCCCUGCCGGGGAGGGCCAGUUUGCCUCCAGGCUCUUUUCCCAACUGGCCAAGUCCCAGCCUGGUCGGAAUGUCAUCCUCUCGCCCUCGUCCAUCAGGACUGGGUUGGCUCUGGCCUACUUGGGCGCCGAAGGCAGCACCGCCGACGAGCUGAAAGAGGGAUUGCAGCUCGAGGGAGCUGGCAAGAGCGAGGUGGCCCAGCAGUUCGCCCACCUCUUGGCCAAAGGACAGGGGAAGGACGAGGACGGGCCCAAGCUGAAUUACGCCAAUCGCAUUUACGUGGCUCAGCAGUUGCAGCUGGCCCAGAGCUACCAGGACUUGGUUAGCAAGAACUUUGCAGCGGCAGCCGAGAAUUUGAACUUCUCCCAGAGUGUCGAGGCUGCUAGGCGCAUCAACUCCUGGGUGGAGGAGCAGACCCACCAGCAAGUCAAGGACCUCAUCGCUGCGGACUCACUCGACGGGAAUACGGCCGCCAUCCUGGUCAAUGCCAUCUACUUCAAGGGCGACUGGCAGCUCAUUUUCCCCGACUACGGCACCUUGGCCCGCGAAUUCGCCAAUUACGGGGGUCAGAAGGUCAGCGUGGACACCAUGUCCCAGGAGGAUUACUUCAGGUUCGCCGAGCUGCCCGAGCUGAAGGCCAAGGCCCUGGAACUGCCCUACUUCGGCUCGGACAUCGUGUUCCUGAUCAUUCUGCCCCAGGAUGAGCAGGGGCUGGCGGCGCUCGAGGAGAAACUCAAUGGCCUGGACCUAAACGAAAUAAGCUCCCAGUUGGCCAGGCGGAAAGUGAAGCUGCAGCUGCCCAAAUUCAAAUUCGAGUUCGAUGUCCCCCUGCAGCCGGCGCUCGAGGAGCUGGGCAUAAAGAAACUAUUCGGUCCUGAGGCGGACCUCAGAAGUAUGCUCCGGGAAUCGGGCAAACUUCGCAUUUCGGAGGUGAAGCACAAGGCCGUAAUCGAAGUCAACGAACAGGGAACUACAGCCAGCGGAGCCACCUUUGUCAAGGCCGAGUUGGAGUCGCUUGUGCUGGGGGAGGAAGUACUCGAGUUCACCGCCGAUCACCCCUUCUUCUUCGCCAUCAAGGACUCGCAGAGCACCUUCUUCCUGGGCCACGUGAGCCAGCUCUGAGGGGGAGUUGUGCGAUAGUUAGCCCAUCAGUCCACGAACCCAAUAUGUGCCUCUCUGUCCGCAUCCAAUAAAUGCCAAUCUUCGAUGUCAAGUGCACGGACAAGUACCGACAGGUAUAUCAGCCUUGUUGGCUGAUUAGUUUUGGGUUGCAUAAUGCUCUGGGCCGGGCUGUUGGCUCUGUCGGUAAUUAGCCCGUCCGAAUUGCAGUUGACAUUGAUAGUUUAUUAAGGGGACUUGGUCCGUGAUCCUGGCUUAGUGCCAGCCAGCUUGGCAGUGCGACCGCUCUGUAUCAGUCUCCCGUGAGUGUGCGGCGGUAAUAAAUCAAAGUUAGUACGGCUAUCAAUCCGUGGCACGAGGGCACGAACAAAAAGAGUCGGGGCAAUUUGAAUGCCAGUGGUAAGUGGCCAAAGUCCGAGCACACAAAAACACACGAGCACACAGGCACUUCGAACUCACGGACACGCACAUGGCCAAAAGUCAACAACUGUGUUGGCAAUUUGCUGCAAUCAUCCGACAACACAUCCCCUGGCUCCUGUUCCUCCAUCCUCUGCCUCUUGCUCUUCCUCCUGCUUCCCCUUUUCCCAGGAGCGGAUGUUUACGAGUGCAGCUAAAUUGUUGUUCUCGGAGCCUCGCUCGCUGCCGCUGCUUUUUCCUGGUUUCCUCUCGGCGAGGAUUUUCCAGACCCUUGACCGAUGACGACGGCCCACACACACGCUGGAUCCUCCUGCGGCGGAUAUUUGCAUAUUUCUAAACAGGUGUAAAUUAAAUUUGACAAAUUUUUGCGGCUGCCAGAGUGUGUCCUUGCCACAUCCUUGUGGCACGCCCACCGCCCCGGGCAACAGAAGCGGCAGCGGCAGCGGCAGAGCAGUUUUAAUAACGCUUUGUGACAUUUGCAUACCGGCGAGGCCUGGUCAUGAUGCCGGCCAUUAUUCUGGUUUAUUGUCGGUUAAACGAUGCAGUCGGCUGGGAUGCGAAACAAUUAGUGCGGGAUUUACGCACGUGUAUAACAUUUUAAUUAAAUCCGUGCUGACGUGCCGCUCGCUCUUCCACUCGAGCCGACAAUUCCCAGCCAUUUUGUCACAACUCCGAAGGUUGUGUAUCCGUCCCGUUGGCCCGUCACUAAUUGGUGGCCAGGGCGCUGCCGAAACUUGGGCUCCGUUGUCACGGGCAACGCUCAAGUUUCCGUCAGCAAAUUGAAAUUGAAAUGACAACACAGCCAGCGGCGGCAGGAGCGAUGCGGUUGCAUUGGGAAAAGGAAAUGCAACUCGCGCACCUGCAAAUAGCAAAUUUCAUGACGAGUGCUGCAGCUUAAGGUUGAGGUUGUAGGGUGUGGAGUGGGUGGUGCUUAGGGGGUGGUGCUGAGGGGGUGGCGGGCGGAUAUUGGAAGGCAGAAAGGCCGCCACGCUUCGCUGGGCAAUCGCUUGCCACAACCAGCUGUCCUGUCCUGCUCCUUCACCUGCGCCUCUCGACUUUCCUGCCGCUGACAGCUCUUUGCCUCAUUUGCCAAAUUGACAGGGAAUGUUUGAUCUACCCGCCGCCUAUUAGAGUAUGGUUUUUUUCCCAAUAUUAUCCCAAUUGCUUGUGCAACAAGGCACAUAUUCUUAGUUACCUAAGCUCUGAAUGAACUGACAGGGGUUUUCCUGAAUAUGUACGUAUUUUACCUUAAGAGUAAUGUCAUUUUGGUAUCUAGUAGUCUUAGCUUGUAUCUUACGACCAAUAAUUUUGAGAAUAAAUAUAUUUUAGAACA